AUGGUAUAUGUUCAGCAGCUGCGUCAGUGGUACCUGAUGGAGGAGGAGUGGCGGCGUGCAACGCUUAAACUCCGGGCCAUCAAGCCGCUUGCAAUGAACGAGAAGGAGGUGAAGAAGAUUCUUGGAAAGGUUGUUCCGCCCUCUUUGUUAGACCAGCAGCUAACAUGGCCUGUUCGUGGUUUGGUUUCUAAAAGGGAUGUGAAACCUGUGGGUGAGCUUGAUGCAAAGGCUCAAGGAACACCUUUAAGACUGCAGUCGUCACAGAAAGGUCAUUUGCAUAGGAAAAGUAUAAUUCAACAUUGGAGAGACGUGAGCAUAAAAAUUCUUGCGCAGAACGGACUGAACAAGCUAAGUGACGCGACCAAACAGAGGCAACAAGUGAUGGUAGAAAUGCGGCAGGUGAUGAGAGGGCACCGGUGUAAAGUGGAGGCUGAAGAGAGGCGAGCUUUUUCUCCGAAGGGACGUAAAAGCAGAGCUGAACGAGUUUUAUUCAAAGGCGUCGAUGGCACACUUACUAAGGAAGAUGUCGGACAACGCCAGAAAAGGAGUUAUGGCGACCGACAUAUGGCCAGACACUCACGGAACAAAUACGGUAGGAAUGGCCAUUUUGACCAAGUGUACGACGACGACGACACUGACUAUGAUUACAGAAGUCGUUCUCUCUCUCGUGAAAGCCACUCUCUUUCAUACCGGUCAGGACGUCGGAACACAAGUUUGUGGGACUGGGGUUCGGUCGACGAGUGUCAGUGUAAGUGGUCGAUAACGGACGCCUACGAGCUUGUAUGCGAUCACCCACUUCUGGGACAGAUACGGGCCAGGCAUCCGCAGCCCUUGAGAUUUGUGGAUUCACCAUCGGUCUGGCUGAGCCGCCAUUUUGCUUGCGAGGUUCUCUACGACCAUGAGAUUUACGCCGUUUGUGAUGUAGACUUAGCAGACGUCGGCACAGACAAGCAGCAUACCGGAAGUGUCUCAUCUCAGCUGUCAGACGCCGAGAAUCCCCACGGGGUUCCUUGAAGUUAUAUUACAUGUAUUCCCAACAAAGACUUUACGUUAUGGCCACCCAUUUUAUUUUUUCCAAUAAAGACUUUAUGUCACCGUCUCCACGUUCCGCAACUAGAAAUAACAACCAAAAAAAAAAAAAACCCAUGAAGUCCCCAACAAGGUCGGCAGGCCCAGGUGUCAGAAAGAAGUAAAAUGGCUGCUUGGUGCACUGGUCCAGCGCUCCAAAAUUGGAUCGAAAAGGCCUGGUUUGAUAAAUGUGUAAUGCAGAGAACAAAGCAAACGAAACGAGUGGAACAAGCGCUUUGUAAACGUUAAUAUAUCUUGUUCACGCUUUUUUGGCCGUGUUAAAAACGUUUGAAAAUUCUAUUUCAUAAUUUAUUUAUUGACCAAUGUACGCAUACAUUUGCAUGGCACUUCUGAGGACCAUCGACCAAGUGGAAUAUUUCUUUUUAAAAUCUUUACCUAGUAUUUUUUUAAGUUUCGUUAUUUUGGGUGCAUGCACAGGAUCACUACAAUAACAUAUGGUUUACGAAUUGCUCAUUUCGAUACCUUGACACCACUCUGCCCCCCCCCCCCCCCCCCCCCACCCCAAAACAUUUUUGAGUAAGCUUGUCAAUUCUAUCCCAAGACCGUCUUGACAUCUCCACGUGAGUUCGGAAAGUACCCACCCGUUUGUUGGACCGUGUUUCACAAGCGUGCUUUAAAGUUUGGUAUUGGUGAAAAUAGGCAGACUUUUUAAAUACUGUUUCAGGCGUGUACUAUACUAUAAGGCUCCUAUUAUUCUGUUACGUACUAUAUGUCUUUGUUAACGUCAAUGACAACGUGUCGGAACUUAGUUUGCUGUGACCUUCAUUAAUGGACUUCUAGAUUCAGUUGACUAUCUCUAACUUUUAGAGCCACAUGCAAAAACGUGAGAAGCAGACCGGGUUAUUUUUAUCUGUGUUAACCACGGACACAUGAGUGUGAACGAGCUAUAGUAAAUAUACAUUGUAAAUACAUGUACGUAUUGGCCUGCUUUCAAACCAAGCUCGACCCUGCCGAACUGACAUUUUGAAUAAUAUAUAAUAACAAUAGCAGAGUGUUUGUGCACUACGUUAAUCGUGACUGGUAUGAAGGAGGCAGUGCUGAUGGCAUUCGGCUCUCGUGUCGCCUCUGGUGUCAGUGCUGUACAUGGGGAACUUUCUGAAGCAUUUUUAGGUAAGAAAGAACAUUCGGACAAUUCAUACGAAGAAGUUGCCUCGUGCCAUUUUUUUUUCAAUAUUCUGAUUUGGGUAUUAGAAUCAUCAUUAGGUCAUCUCUUAUCCUUUGACACAAUUUCGUUCCGUCUGUAUUAUUAUAAUAUUACGCCAUUGCAUCUUGCAUAAUGAUGCACUAUUGACAAUCAUUCUGUAGGCUAUUUGCAAUUGGGGAAUAUUAUAGAUUUACUUCCAUUUGCAAUCUGGUGGAUCAUUUCUGAACUUCCAUGUACAGUGGUGACAACUAAGAAACAGAGCUGGCUCACGUUGAGAAAGGGUUCUCCAAAUUCCAAAUGUACGCAAUAUUUUGUUUGUUUCUUAUUAAUAUAUAUAGAUCUAAGUUUUGUAUUUUUGUGCGAUUUACACAAUGUUUGCAUCCACUUGUUGGACAAUUUGAGCAUGUACGCAAUAUUUACCCGUUAUUCUAUUUCUGUAUCAA